AUGCGACGCGGUCCACCUUGUCUGGUAACUCAAAAACGCCAAAAAAGUCAGAUAUUUGUGUUGACAGAAACUGAACUACUCUCGACAGCAAAAGCGAUUCGCUUCUUCUAGAGCUGCAAGCGGGUAUUUCAUUAGAAGCUUUCUGUCUACAUUUUUUACCAGCGUCCCGAAGUUUUUGGGUUUCUCCAUUCUUUCAACGGCUGCUGGUGUUGCUGGAGUUACUGCCUACGCCACAUAUGAUGCCUCUUUCCGGGAGAAAGUUUCUCUUUCACUACUUUGAAUCGACUUUUUCGAUUUAAGGUUGAAAAGAAUGUACCCUACAGCGAGAUGUUUUUCAAAAAAGUUUUGAAUAAACAUGAAAUCUCGAGUCUUGUGGAUUUACCAGGGAUUCAUGCGGUUCCAUCAAUUGUGAGUCUUCAGACGAGUAGUUUUUUCAAGACUUAAUUUGGAAUUUUUUUUUUAAUCUUUAAUUCUACUUUAAGCUAAACGAGGUUUUUUGACAGAUUUAUGAUUAUUGGAAAUUAUAAAAGUUUUCAGCCGAAGAAAGCGAUUGAAGAUCAAAAAAAGAGUUCUACAAAACUUUUAGAAGAAAAGACUGUAAAGCCGACCGAUCAAGAUAAAACUCCAGUGGUAAGAUUUUUUUUUUCCAAAAAUUAAUUUCAUCUCAAUAUAAUCAGACUCGAAAAUCGAAUGAGCGAUAUUUUGGAACUUCUUUUUUUAACUUUCCAAUUAUUUUUUUUGUUUCUAAGGAUGAAAUAAUCAGUUCAAGACAAGAAGUACUUCUAUUAAUUCAAUUCGAGAAAAAAAAAAUUGAAACGGAAUUUGAAAAAAUUAAUUUCUUUGUUUCAAAUAACUUGUAACAGGUGAGUUGAAUUUUUAUGAAAACUUUCUGUUUUUACUUUUUUUAUUUUCCUCAUCUCGACACUUUGAGAGUAUAUUUGCAGAAACCAAAGCUCAAAAAAACGAUUCAGAUCAUUGCAAACGCAGUCGAGCCGCCUGCGAAAAGAGCCCAUAAUCCGUACAUUGGGUCCGAUCAAGCUGAAACGAAGAAUGAAGGUAAAAAAAGCGAGUAGAAUCUGGUCGUGAAAUUUCUUUUCUUGCCGUUUGAAGUGAACCAAGCACCUCUUAAGGAAUUUUUUAGGCUUUUGAACUUUCCAGCAACAUUUUCUUUUUGAAAACCGUUCAACUCAAUUUUUAGGUCUGAAAAAAAUGUUGGUUGCCAAGAUCGCGAAAGCCGAAAACGGCGUCCGCGAGGCCACCGGAGCGAAAUUGAAAACGAUCCGAGCUAUUGAGCAUCAUAUUCAAACCCUUCGCGUAUUUCCCCUCAAUCCAAAAGUUUCCCAAGUUCCGAAUUUUAAGGAAGCGAUCGAAGCACCCGAAUCUUCCGGCGACUGGGAUCGUGUGACUGAGGCUCACGUCGAGGCUCAAAAGAUGAAAUUAAUCGAUUCUCGAACAGAGAAAGAAGCAAGAUUGUUGGUCGCUGAAUUGAGCGCGGUUUUCUUCCCUUGAGGAAAAGCUAAGAGUUUCAUUAAACAGGAAGCGAACCUUGGGGCUCAAGGCGAAACGACGAUGUUCAAUCCUUUGGUUUCUUUGAGCAAGGAAACUGUGAAGCAGCUGAACUCCCAGUUGGAGAAGGCUUGCGCGAUGGCCCGUGAAGUUUGUCUUUUGAUUUCUAGGACUAAUAUAGAUUUAGUCGAAGUAAACCAGUACUCAAAUAUGUUUUCGGCAUAAAAAUUUGAGAAAAUUUAAUGAAAAUCUAGUUUCUUUCGUUUUCGAUUUUUUUUUUUCAAUGAAUGACUAUCGUGGUUCUGAAUGUAAAAAUAAAGGGUUUUUCUGAAAUUCAAAUCGAUUUUUUUUUCUAAAAAAAAAGUCCAGUUUUAUAGAAUAUGAACAUUUUUUCACGAGUAUUUUCAUGUGAAAGCUUAUAUUGAUCGUGGAAGUACCUGAACUUUUAGGAGUUACACUUACAGUUUCAAAUCCUCUUAUUUUUCAAUCGAUUGAGGUCGAAUCGGAGAAGAUUUUCAUGAGAGACUAUGAAAAGCUCGUGAAAGAAGGCCGGAAUAGGUUCGCACUGGAGAUUCGGGCCGUUCUGCCGGACUUCGACUGGGAAGAAGGGGCCAAGAUGAAGAAGGCGCAGCUGAACGCCUUGCUCACUCAUGCUCAUCUCCGGGUCGACCAGCUCUCUCGGCAGCUUCUCGAGCAGAAAGUUUGUCGACUUCCCAGAACCUCUAAUAUUUUCAUUUUUCCACAGUUGCGCGAAGACGAAACCAUUCGGAAGGCCGUUGAGAAGAAACGAGAGAAAUUCGAAGCUCAAGUGAGUUUUUGGGCCAGGGUCAAGAAAAUGUCCAUUCUCAAACAUUUUUUCGAUUAUUCAUGGUUUUUUCCAAAAUAGGAAAAUAGGAAGAGUUUGAGACAUUAUUUAAAAGAAAGAGGUUUUCAUCUGUGAAAGAUUUCAGAGAUAAUUUCACGGUUUUUUCAUCAUUUUGAAGUAGGAAUCAGUCCGUUACAAAUAACGAUAUAAAGAGUCUUAACUCAGACUUGAUUUGGAGUACAACCAAAAUACUCCAGCGAUUGCUUGAUUAUUAUAAAAUUUAAAGAAAGUCGUUCAGACAUAGUUGUGAAAAUCGAAUGAAAUCUCGCAACGGUACAUAUCAAUAAACUGGUAUUUUAUUCAGCUUUGUCGCUUUCUGACUUCUUUCCAGAAAUACUACUUCUUUAAAACUCUCAGUUUUUAAGCGUUUCCUGAGAUUUGUAAAGCUUGAAAUGCAGAGUUCGCGAUCAAGAUUUUCCAGCAAAUUGUAUUCCAUAAGCUUAAACCACCUUCCUCGGGAAGUUUGUUAUAACUUUUUUGAGGUCGCCACGGAUACCGCAGUCACUCAACAGCAGGUCAAGCUGGACAACGCCAAGCUCGACGAAGAGUUGAAGAAACGGCUGGCGGAGGCCGAGCAGACGUACAAAGAACGGCUUGAACAGGUCGUCAAGACCCAGAAGCAACUCUACGAUAUCGAACACGCGCGGGACGUCGAGAAGGCUGUGAACGCCGAGCGAGACGUCUGCAAUGUGAAGGAAAAGGGAAUUCUUGCGUGAUUUCAGACCUAUAAAGCGCAAAUCACGCGGGCGCUGGCCCAACUCGAAGGAGUCGAGGUGGCGCUGAAGAGCCACGUUGCGAUGGACGUCGAGAACAGGAGGUCGAAGCAGGUCUGGCUCGCCGUCCAGAAUCUCGUCAACACCAUCGAGUACGGCAACCGCGCCAGCUGCUGCAUGGAGGGACGUCGGGCGCCUCUCGAACCGCAGAUGAAGGUGUGGAAGAUGCGGACGGUUGAGAAGUUGCUGAUGUUGGAAAAUUUUCCCAUUUUGAAUCAGCAAUUUGAAGCUCUAACGCUAGAGAAUGUUCUCAGUGAAUAGUAAGCCGAUUUGAAGAGACUAGGUCUAUUAAAUUUAGCGUGAGUUGAUGAAAAAUGUUUGCUCAAUGUUUAAUUGAAGGUCUGAAAAGCCCUGAGCCUAAAAGAAGAUUCGUAAGUUAAUGUAUUGAUUUUGAUUUUUUUUUAAAUUCAAAUAUCAAGUAUUAAUGUUUAGUGAUCACCAGGGAUUGUUUUUCUUUUCGAUUCAAUGAUUUUUAUAUGGAAUUUUUCAACAUGAAACAAUUUUAUCAGAUGUUGAUGAAAUGUGGAAGCCACGACGGCUUCUUGAAGACCAUCGACGAGUUGAUGAACAAAAUCACGAAGACCAAGGGAGAAUAUGCGCGAGGAGACCUGAACACUCGCUUCGAUAAAGUUUCACACAGCUUCGAAUCAAUUCUCGAUUUUGCUCUCCUCUGAAGGUCUAUCGGAUCGGUCGCCGUGUUGCUUGGGUCGACGAGAACGGCGGCGGACUGAUGGCCCAUCUUUUUUCGUGGCUCCGAUCGGCCGUCAGCUUCUCUUUGAACGAAGCGUAUUCUCGUGAGGACAAGUGGGUUUUUUGAAAAUUCCGCCUGGAAAAAGAAAUCUCUAGAAUACUUUUCUUUAUAAAAAAGAAAGCUACUUAUACGAGAACCCUUUUUUGCAAUGGCUAUAUCUUUUUAUCUUCCGGAACUUUUCGAAGUUGAUUCUCUUUCCAUCUUCCUUUUCUUCAGAAUCGUCCCCUCUUCUCAAUCAAACUUCUCGCUGUUGAACCGAGCAAAAGCCUACUGGCAAGCCGGCGACGUCUUCAACGCGAUUCGCGUCCUCCAACUCACUACCGGAGCAACUAAAAGGUAAACCCGAAGAAUAAUUUAGCGAGCCAACAUUUGUUCUGAUUUCUGUUCCUGGAACUUCUUUUUGGGCCUGAUUAUGAUUUUACUUGCUCAGAGUCUCGAAAGACUUUAUCGACGACGCGCGUCGCCAUGAAGAAGCCAAGUUCAUGGCACGUCUUCUUCUCGCCCACAGCGCUUUAAUGUCCGUCAGAUCGACUUAUUGA